CGCGUUGCCAGGCACGCACGCACGAGCGAUCCUCACUCACCAACUUUCUGGCCGCAGGUCGUUCACCAGACUGUACUGUUUACUUCCGCGUACACUACUGCCCUCUCGUCCACACCGGAACCAGCGCGCUGUUGCAUGUGACAGCCGAGAUAGCCUGAUCGACCAGGGACUUGUUAUCAAGCUCGAGAUCUGGCCUGCCCGCGCGAUCCUGACAAACCGCUUUCAGCGAUCACGUUUUGCUUCCCCACAUUCAUCGCAAUCAUGGCUACCGGACUUCCAGCAGGCUGGGAAGUGCGCCAUAGCAACAGCAAGAAUUUGCCGUACUACUUCAAUGCGGCCACCAAGGAGUCGCGCUGGGAGCCUCCGGCCGAGACUGACAGCGAGACUCUCAAGCACUACAUGGGUCAAUACCACACUGCCAACCUGCGCGCUGAUGGUGCCCAGCAGCAAAACCUGGACGGCAAGAUCCGCGCUGCGCAUCUGCUCGUGAAGCACAAGGACUCACGCCGACCAUCAUCAUGGCGUGAGUCUGAGAUCACUCGCUCCAAGGAAGACGCCAGGGAAAUCAUCCGCGGCUACGAGAGCAAGAUCCGGAAUGGUGAGACGAGUCUGGGCGAUCUUGCCGUCACUGAAAGCGACUGCUCCUCGGCUAGAAAGCGUGGUGAUCUCGGCUUCUUCGGCAAGGGUGAUAUGCAGGCAGAAUUUGAGCAGGCUUCCUUUGCCCUCAAGCCCGGGGAGAUUUCGCAAAUCAUCGAAACACAGUCUGGUUUGCAUCUUAUCGAAAGACUGGAGUAGCUUCCGAGCGCACAAAGCACAGAGAUACAGUAUCAGAGACAUGUUCUCGAGCCCAUGGCGAUCUGAGCAACAGACCUGUGUUAGUGUCACGAUCCCUGAGCCGAGUGACUUUUUGGACAGCAAGAAGCAAGCAAGUCAUCAAUAGGCGAUGUGCAUGCAGUCACGUAAUUUCCUGAAUGCGGACUAUUGCAAAGUUCUGAACGCGUGCAAGUGGUGCCCCUUUGUCUCGAGUCGAAACUUCGAUCUGUCCCGAC